AAUCGUAAUCACUAUUCCUGUCUUUGUAAGAGUUGUUCCCCUUGUAACUAGACAACCGCCAUUAUUCAAAACAAAAUAAACGUGACGGAACACGAUUUUUCAGCAAUUUAUUUGCAUUUAUUCCAAAAUUUCAUCUAUUCCAUGCCAAUGUUUCCACUUCACGGUUAAAGAUAUUGCAGCCAAUCACCACUAUGGCAGAUUCGGGAAUGAGAGAUCCUUGCCUGGAAAAACAUUUCAAAGGACACAAAAAUGGUGUCACAUCAGUGGCUUUUAGCCCUACCAUGAAGCAGUUAGUAUCAAGUUCUUUGGAUUCCAGUGUCAUGAUCUGGCAUUUCAGUGAUAAAAUGCGUGCUUACCGAUACUUAGGUCAUGGAGAUGCUGUUCUUCAUGUAUGUUUUUCUCCAAAUGGAAAUCUUAUUGCAUCAGCUUCACGAGACAAAACAGUUCGUCUCUGGGUUCCUUCUGUAGAUGGAGCAUCGAAAAUCCUAAGAAAUCAUACAGCUACUGUGAGAAGUGUGGACUUCAGUGGAGAUGGAACGUUUAUAUGUACAGCAUCUGAUGAUAAAAGUGUAAAGAUUUGGUCCGUAGAGCAACAAAAAUUUGUCAAAAAUUUUCACGAACAUUCCAAUUGGGUACGAAUCGCAAGGUUUUCGCAUGACAUUAAUUUUGUGGCUUCAGGAGGUGAUGACAAAACCGUGCGUUUGUUUGAUCUUCGUUCCAAAAAAUGUGUACAAACACUCAAAGAAACAGGUUCAGUUUGUGACCUCCAGUUUACCCCUGAAGAUGUUUCACUUGCAACUGGUUGUAAUGAUUGCAGUGUGAAGAUUUGGGACUUAAGGAUAAGGAGGAGAUUACUUCAUUUUGAGGAUCAUACUAAUUCUGUGAAUAGUAUUUCAAUUCAUAACUCUGGUAAAUAUAUAAUAUCAGCAGCAGAUGAUAACACGUUAAAGAUCUAUGAUCUGAUUGAAGGACAUCAAUAUUACACUCUUUAUGGUCAUAAGAAUGGUGCAACUGCUUGUAUUUUCUCACCAAAUGGUAACUACUUUGCCUCAGGAGGAGGGGACAGUCAGGUUCUAGUUUGGAAGACAAACUUUGAUGUAGAUGAUGUAGAAGUUCCAGCUUCUCAGAUGCAUGGUCUAACAGCUUAUUCCUUUCCCCCUCCUGACUCUGAAGAAACUUUGCCAGAACAAGAGCAUGAUGCACCUGCUAGAGCCAGUACUCCUGUUGGAGAUACGGAACAUGGUGAUGGUGCUGCAGCUCCCAUUCCUGCUGCACAAAACGAAGGAUGGUUAGAAAUGCUGCAAAAUUGGGAUUCACUUGAAAAUUCAGUUUCUAGAACUCUUGGAAAUGUUGUUGAUCAGUUGCAAAUAGUUACUCAGACAAUGAGUUUGAUGGAGCGACGGCUUGCCAUGUAUGAGGAUAAAAUGAAGCAACUUUUUAACAAAUCAAACAAAAUUGAUUCAUUGGAAAGGGAGUUAAUGACAUUGAAUACGAGCCCCAGGAUUGCUGAAGUAUUAGGUCAGAUGAAUGCAUUAGAGCAGCGAAUGAAUACACUUGAGGAAAGAUUACAAGGAAGUACAUUAUCUUAAUGCAAAUGAAUGCAUUUGUGUGCGAAAGUGUUUUCCUUUCUUAUUCAGUGCAUUACAAUCAUUGUUUCCAUCAACUAUCAAUAGGUUGUAAAUACAUACAUGCAUGCAUACAUACACACAUACAUAUAUGUGUGUAUGUAUGUGUAAAUAUAAUGAAAUCGAUGUGACUGUUUAUUUUCUUUAUAUCUUUAUACCUUAUUGUGCCUCAAAACAGACGAUACAAUCUGAAAAAAUAAUAUAAAGUCUAAAUUAUAUUUAUUCAUUAUUUACUGUAU